AUGUCUCUUUCCGCCUCCGAAACGGCUCCAUUCUAUCCAAGUACUCGAAAUAUACCCGAAUCAGCACGCCUCAAAGCCCAAAGUGACCUAAUCACAGACGUUGCUGGAGGUCUUAUCCUCUGCCCAAUCGACCUGGCCGCUUCUUCUCUGCGCAUUCUCGACUCCGGGACUGGAGAUGGUCAAUUUCUGGCCCAACUUCGCUCACGCCUAGCUCACCCUGACUCUGCUACAGUGGUCGGCACCGACGUCGCCUCAUCCGAGAGCGGCCUACCAAGUUUUGUCGAGUGGCACAAACAGAACAUCAAUACCGAAUGGCCUUCCGAAUGGCAAGGGACUUUCGACCUCGUACAUCAGCGCAAUGUGUUGUUCGUCGCUGGUGGAUUUGACCGUGCGGUCAAGGCCGCAACGAGGCUGGCCAAACUGGUGAAACCGGGUGGGUGGAUUCAAAUUGUCGAAGGACACAUGCCGAACGCCCCCAUCAGCGAGAGCGACAGGCCACAUAUCAAGAUGACCGAGAUCUCCGGGCAGUUUUUAAAUCUCGGUGGUUUUGAUACCGCGCCUUCGACCAGGUUGCCGGAACUGCUCAAGGAAUCCGAUGAGCUGCAAAGUAUCCGGGGACUGGAAUUGUCUACGAGAAUUGGGAUGGGUGCAAAGGACGAGCUUAGAGAAGCGAGGAGAAUCUGGCUGAAGGCUUUUGGAAACGGCCUUGGAAAUGGGCUUGCCCAGAUCGGUGAUAAGGCGCCCAUGGGCCAAGCUGAGUUCUACGACUUGAUGGAUCAGGUUGAGUGGGAGGCAGAAAUAUAA